AUGGCUACUUUUAACUCUCUAGAUAUCUCAAAUAUAGUAUCUUUAUCAAUAUUUAAACAAUUUGAAGAGGCUCUUAAAACUCGACAUAACAAUAUUAUUGUAAUUUCUGGCCCAUCCGGAUCUUUAAAAACUUCCUUAAUCAAUACUGUUCUUAACAAGCUUUCACUUGUUUCUGAAUACAUAACGGAUGUUUCAGUAUACAAAUCUAAACUAUUAACUAAAUCUUCUAUUUGUCUCACUGAUAUUGAUGAUCUAGAAUAUUUUAUAAAACACAAACAUAAAAUAAAUAAAAUGUCAAAUCUAAUUAUUGAAACCCGCCUUCUUCCUUACAUGUAUAAAUCAUUGGAUAACGGUAUCGGUAUCAAUUUAUCAAUUUCAAAUAAAAAUAAGAAAGAUAAAAUUAAUUAUCAUCUAUCUCCUUACAAAAAAUUAAGAUCUAUAGAGCCUCUUCCUUGCAUCUAUAAAACACUUAAUAUAUUAUUCUCUAAUCAAUCUUAUAAAGUUACUAUAUGUUAUGAUUAUAAAAUACUCAAAUAUAUUUUUUCUAAUUCUCUAGAAUUUAUUGAACUAGAAUCGUUGUAUAACAUUUAUGACUCAAUUUCCUUAGCUGAUCUCAAAUUAGAUGAAUUUAUCGAUUAUGCUGUUUAUGCCGUAGCUGUUUCUAAAAAAAGAAAAGUUAGAAAGUUUGUUUGUUUAAAAAGUUGGGUGUAUGAAAAUCAUUAUGUCUGUACACCAUUAUGUUUUGAAUACAAAAAAUAUUUUUAA